AGUCAGUGUAGACAAGAUGGCCGCCCGGGCGACAUCGGCGUUUUAUCAUUUCAUGUUAAUACUACAUUUAUUUCUAUUAAUCAAUUACAAUUAUGGUGAAAGGAUUGGUGACCGAUCUCGAACACUUCAUAUUGAACCAGCAGACAAUUUUGGCCGUCAUAGAAGUCCAUUAAUAAUUGAUCGAGAUGCAGAUAGCGGCGACGGCGAAGACACACUCAUCCGACUUCGCAGAGAUAUUGCGACGAAUAACCCCAACAUCACUACAAAGGUGAAUUCAUUGAAGGACUCUCAUCAGCAGUUGAUGGUGCAUUGGGUUGGCGAAGGAUCAAAUGUCAUAAUUUGCCUGGCAAGGGAUAGUACACCUUUGAUUCGCCCACCGGUUGCGACUAACCCCAGUGCUGUUCAUAUAAGUUACGAUUAUGGGGAAACAUUCGUGAACAAAACUGAAAGUUUCAAGAUUUCUGAUGCCAACGAGCCGAAUUACGGAUAUGCUACAUUGGACAAGUUUUACAACCAUCCCAAAUUUAACACUCAUUGCGUGUUCGCAGAUAGCACUAACCAACUGAUAUUUACGACUUGGAAUAAUGGCAAGGAUAUCACAAGACAAAUUUUGCCAUUCCAUCCUAGUGAUAUUUCAUUCCACGAAGACGAUCCUCUUACUUUCUUAGCAUUGGACAAACUUGAUCCAGAGCGAAAGUUAUGGCUCACGCGAGACUUCGGAAAAACAUGGAUCAUCAUUCAGGAGUAUGUGAAGGCAUUCUUUUGGACUACUACACAACCCAAGGCUCUGUUGGUUGAACGAAAUGAACCAUCCGGCGUCAAUACGGUUUUAUCGAGCACAGCCUUGUUUCAGACCCCAAGAAACUUCACAGUGGUUAUAUCGAAUGUUGAAGAUUUUCAAGUGAGGGGUGACUACAUGUUUGCAACGAAAAAGAAUGGAAAUAAUGACUUGGACUUAUAUGUCUCUUACAAACAACAACCAUUCGUGGAAGCUCAAUUCAACUCAGAAUUGGAUCGAAGAAAUUAUCACAUCGCUGAUGUUUCUAAUAAUAGAGUUCUAGUUGCUGUUUCUCACACUGAGUAUAUAGUCAAUCUCUACGUCUCUGAAAUGAUUGAUCAUGAAAAUGUUGCAUUUAUGUUGUCCCUGGAAAGAAUCUUAACGUUCUUCCCAAAUAGCACCUGGAAAGAGAGCUGGCUCAAUGACGUUUCAGACGAAACCUUCACUGACUUGUACAAAGUAGAAGGACUGCGUGGAAUUUAUAUUGCUUCCCAGGUAAAAGAAAUUCCAAAAGCUGGGGCGAUUGGUCCUGAGCAUCUUACAUCUAUGAUAACUUAUGAUCACGGUUCAACAUGGAAACAAAUCAAAGCUCCAACUGUCGACAAUGACAAAUUCUUUAUUCCGUGUCAUGAUGAUUGCUCCUUGCAUCUGAGCCAAAAGUUCAGUCAACUGUACCCAGCUACUCGUUCAGUGCCUAUUAUGAGUUCAAAGUCAGCGCCUGGUAUGAUAAUAGCGACCGGGGUAAUUGGAAAAAGUUUGAAGGGACAUCCAGGUGUUUUCGUAUCACGAGAUGCAGGAUUAACAUGGAAACAAGUACUGAAAGAUUUGUACUUCUUUAAUAUGGGAGAUCACGGAGGCGUCCUGGUCGCUGUCAAGUAUUUCAAAUCGCGCGGUGAGACUAGAGAAAUCGUGUAUUCUACUGACGAAGGAGAAACGUGGCACACACAUGAGUUUACCGGGGACAUGUUAAGAGUCUAUGGGCUCAUGACCGAGCCUGGCGAAAAUACAACUGUAUUCACAAUGUUUGGUUCGGGAAGCGGCCAUCAUCAAUGGUUAAUCGUUAAAGUAGAUCUACGAAAAGUAUUUCCAAGAACUUGCACGGAUGAUGACUUCAAAUUCUGGUCUCCCAGUAGCACGGAUGAACCUACAAUGGCUUGCGUACUUGGUCGAAAGGAGACAUAUCAAAGGAGAGCUCCUACUGCCAACUGUUACACUGGAGCUAAUUAUGACCGGCCUGUGAAACUAGAUAUCUGUCAAUGCGAUGCAAAAGACUACCAGUGCGAUUUUGGAUUCAUUCGCAGUUUGGAUCCUCAUCAUUGUAUUCGUAACAAAACAACAUCAAUUAAAAUCUAUGACCCUUAUGCUGUACCUGCAACGUGUCGACCAGGAGAUUUUUAUAAACGCACAAAAGGAUACAGAAAAAUAGAAGAUGACGACUGCUCCGGAGGCUUGGCUAGGAAUUUUGAACCUGACGAAAUACCGUGUCCCAUGGGAGAGAUUUCCGAAUUUUUAUUGGUUGCACAACGAGAUCAUAUAUCACGAAUUGACUUGAAAGAGCUAAAAUUGGAGACAUUGCCACUUCAUGGUCUAAAGAAUGUAAUCGCAAUCGAAUUCGAUUUGCAGCACAACUGCCUUUAUUGGGCUGAUAUUGUGAAUGACACAAUCGGGAGACAAUGUCUGAAAGAUGGUACAAGUUAUCCUGAAAUAUUAGUAGAAACAGAUCUUAGCUCAAUUGAAGGCAUGGCUUUUGACUGGGUUUCCAAAGUGUUGUAUUUUGUUGACGGUGUCAAAAUGCGGAUCGAGAUAAUCAGAGUUGACAUUUCCACAAUGGGGAGAAUGCGGCGUACGAUUUUGGGCCCAGAUAAACUUACAAAACCAAGAGGUAUUGCAGUCCAUCCAAUGACAGGCUACAUGUUUUGGACUGACUGGGCUCCAGGUGAUGCUUCAGUUUCGCGUGCUAACUUGGAUGGUUCAAACGUUAAACGGCUUUUCAACAAGGAUACCGUUGAAUGGCCCAAUGGAAUAACUAUCGAUCACAUUGCGGAAAGAAUAUAUUGGGUGGAUGCCAAACUAGAUUACAUAGGUUCCUCAGAUUUCGAUGGGCGUAUGUUCAAAAAAAUACUGGCCAAUGACGAAAGAUUAGCACAUCCUUUCGCAGUCGCGGUAUUCAAAGACAACAUGUACUGGGACGAUUGGAAACAAUCCAUGAUAUUUUUAGCUGACAAAGAUCAUGGCCAUGGUUUAACUACUAUCAUUGGGCAGCUAGUUGGGUUGAUGGAUCUGAAAGUAUUUGCAAAUAGUGUACAAGUUGGCACAAAUAAAUGUGCAAAUAACACUUGCUCUCAUAUAUGUUUGGGUGCUCCGAAUAAUGAAUUUGUAUGCCUCUGCCCGGAUAGAAUGGAAAUGUCUAGUUCACAAACAUGUGUAUGUCCUGGGGGAAUAGUACCGUAUGCUAACUCUACUUGCCCUCGAAUCGCCAAUACCUGUUCAGCGAAUCAAUUUUCCUGCAGUAAUAACGUUUGCAUACCUGAACUAUGGAAAUGCGAUGGUGAUAAUGACUGUGGUGACAAUUCGGAUGAAGAACAUUGUAACCAAGCUUCGUGUGGGCCAAACCAGUUUGCCUGCGAUGAAAAUAAAUGUAUUCCUAAAUACUGGGUCUGUGAUUUUGACAAAGACUGCAUGGAUAACACUGAUGAAAUGAAUUGCCGUUAUACAAAUUGUACGGAUACACAAUUCAGAUGCAAUAAUGGCCGGUGCAUAUCGCAUCGAUGGGUUUGUGAUGGAGAAGACGAUUGUCGUGAUGCUUCUGAUGAGAAAAAUUGUACCGUUGUCAGAACAAACACAUGCGAGGAAGGUCAGUUCCUCUGUAACAAAACUAGCUUCCAAAUGUGCAUUCCAACAACUUGGAGAUGCGACGGAGAGAGCGAUUGCGAAAAUGGUACCGAUGAGGCGUUUUGUGACAAGCAAAAAUGUGAAAGCUAUCAAUUCCCAUGUGAAUCUACCAAACGAUGUAUCUAUAAAUCCUGGGUUUGCGACGGAGAUCAGGACUGCGUAGAUGGCUCAGAUGAAGUCAACUGCACUGUAUCCACUCCAUCUCCACUGUUACCUUCUAGACCACCCAUAUCACCAAAUUCGAAUUAUUCUUGUAGUGAUUGGAUGUUCAUGUGCACCAAUAAAAAAUGCGUACCGUAUUGGUGGAAAUGUGACAGUGUCGACGACUGUGGAGAUAAUUCGGAUGAAUUGGGAUGUGGAAACCCAGAUGGUCCCACAGAAGAACCAGUUACCACAGAGCAUCUACGAACAUGUCGGGAAUACGAGUUUCAAUGUUACAAUGGUGAAUGUAUAGCAGAUGCAUGGGUUUGUGAUGGAUCCUCAGAUUGUUCUUCAGGGGAAGAUGAGUUGGAUUGUGGCGAAGUGACAAUUGGUUGUCGUAACGAUCAGUUCAAGUGCCGCUCAGAUGGCUCUUGUGUUGCUCUGACAAGCAUCUGUAACGAUCUUAUCGAAUGUCCAGAUGCUAGUGAUGAAAUAGGCUGCCACGAUCACAUGGUGUCUAGUCCCGCUUCGACGUACUCAUGUUCUUUUGGAUUUUUCCCUUGCGACGAGACACGCUGUCUCCCAAAGACCUCAUUCUGCGAUGGCAUUCACGAUUGCUAUGAUGGUUUCGAUGAAAAAGACUGUGCAAAGAAUAACAACUCACGGGUAUAUCAAGUUCUGGUUAUGGGUGUUGAUGAAAGAUCAACUAAUGCUACCAGCUUAUUUUUGUUCUGGUGGAUGUCGGUACCAGAUAACAUCACAUUUGAAUUUUUACCUUCAAUAGCAAAGGCUGAACCAGGUGCUAGUUGGGUGAAUGCUAGCCAUUGGAUCGAAGAGUCGGAAUAUCAAUUUAAUGAUCUUCAAGUUUAUACCAAAUACAAUUUCACAGUUUACGUCAGAAUAAAAGGUCAGAGUACCGUAUUUCCUCCUGCUAAAAAUUUGACUGUUAUGACCGGUCAAGGCGUCCCUUCACCCCCUUGGAAUGUAACUGUUGCUCAAAAGAAUGGCACACGUGUAGAGGUUUCUUGGCGACCACCACUACAUCCUAAUGGACCAAUCACUGGCUACGAAGUAUUCACAACUCCACCAAUUCCACCUAAAUCAAUCACAUUGACAAAAACAUCGGUGAUUAUUGAUACGCCAUUCCAAGCUGGUACGAAUUAUUCAUUCUGGGUCAUUGCAAAAACCAAAGAGCAUGACUCAAAUUCUUCCAAUGUGGCAACUAUAACAUUUGAUGGAGCUGCUAACAUUGAUGGUAUAGAGAAUUUAUCCGUCGUUGCCACUACAAAUUCAACUGUUACUUUGACGUGGAAUAAAAUAGUAAAUGCCAGCGGAUAUCACGUUACUCCAAAAGGUCCUCCACCAUACCCUGCAUUGUUCACAAUAACGACUGAUAAAAAUACUUUGGUAGUGAAGAAUCUGGCUCCAGGAACUAAGUACAUAUUCGAAGUAAACGCAUUUAAAAAUAAUUAUGUUGGCAAAGUUGUAAUGGUCACUGCAACUACAACUGGUACACCAUUACCUUGGGUUCCGAAUUUGCAAGUGAAUUUAAAUAAGGAUCAUGGAACAACCGUUAAACUUAGCUGGGAUCCGCCAAAAGAUUCUCGAAAAAUAAAAUGGCAGUACGGAGUCUAUUACGCGUUUAAUAUGCAAGACUUGUUGAAAGAAGCCAAGCUGAUUACAUCUAAUCUGACAGCGGCUGUCAGGGACUUGGAUGCAUGCGAAACAUAUUUGUUUGCAAUCGGAGUUUUAGGAGACUUUGGUGCAGGCCCCCUGAGCCCUCCACGCACAGUGUCUACACAUUACAAUGCUAGAGCAGCACCAAAACGAUUGCGAGUUACACCAUCAGACAGAAAUGAUGAAAUCAUUGUAUCCUGGAGUUCGAGCUGUCCUAGGAUGGAUGACAAGAUAAUUUAUACGAUUUCAAUUACUGAAAUGACUCAUAACAUGCAACGUACUGUAUCAUUACUUCCAACAAAUGAAACAACGCUGAAACAUAGGUUCCAUCCGAUUCAAUAUGGGGGUAAAUAUCGAGUGACGGUCUCGACUGAUGUUGACAAUGCUAUUCCCAGUCAACCGGUGAUAUAUUUGGCUCCACCCAUAUUACCUCCACACCAGCUGAAGGUUCUGCAUGAAGAAUCUAAUUAUCUUAUUUAUUGGCAAGAGCAUGACUUACCAGAAAGCAUCGCGAACAAAACGGGAUAUCAUUAUGAGAUAUUGGUAUCCGAGGGUGAACGUGAAGUUAAUCUAACUACAGCAAAGAUUAUCAAAACCAACGAACCUUCAUAUAUUUAUAAAAAUGCAAAGACGGAUGUCAUCUAUUCAUUUGCUGUAAGAUUGGUCACAGAAAAUGGGUACCAAAGUCAGCUUAGUGAAACCGUUAGCAUUAAGAGUCCUGAAGCAGUUGUUGAGCCCGCAGCUUUGUAUACGUCAAACAUCCUCUCGUUUGCCAUCCCAAUCUGCUUGCUGAUUGUCGGUUUGGGAGCAGCUCUUGGGUACUUCGUUGUGCGUCAUAGAAGACUUUCGAACAGCUUUACACAAUUCGCAAAUAGCCAUUACGACACAAGACGCGGACAGGCCACGUUCCCUGGCACUACGGAUGGCCUCGAUGAUGAGGACAGUCCUGUGAUCCGCGGUUUCUCAGAUGAUGAACCAUUGGUAAUAGCGUAAGGAAAUUGCAACUUUACUUUCUCUAACAGACCACAGAUUCUUUUCGGAAUUCUGAACAUCUCUAAAUCUACAUACUACCCAUAAUAGAUGGUCAUUUUUACAUUAGACAUGUGCAAAGAAAUUAAACUAUUAUUAUUAUUAUUAUUAUUAUUAUUAUUAUUAUUAUGUGAGAUAGAUUUUUAUCGUGUGGAGAAAAAGGUUUCGUGUGAGUAUCUGUACAAGUAAUAAAAAGUUUACGAUCAGCAUACUAAGUCGUAUUAGGCAGCAAUUUAAAAUAAAUAUAAAACGCCGUGUGAUAAUGAAACUUGCGAAAUGAUGGCGAUUGUACAAAAUAAUGCGGAGAAAAUAAAAAUCAAUGAAAAAUAGUUGAUAGGGAAUGGGUCCUUAACGUGAAAAUUGAUCAUUCAUUUUUCUUCGUCGCCUGUUAGUAACUGUAAAUUUUGGAUUAUUCUUCGAAAUAUUUGUUUCACUUUCUAUCGUCAAGUUAGGAUAUUGUUUUGCUGUGUCGGUAGAUUUGAACUCCAAGGUGAGUGUUCUAGAACUGAUCUCUUUUGAUGGCAGGUGUGAUAUGUUGCUGAAUGUCUUUGUUGCUCAUCGUUUGUUCAUGAACAUGCUGUUAAAGAAUAUACUUACACGAAAUCCUUGUAUAAAUGAUAAUUAUAACUGUAAGAACUAUUAUUCUAUGUAAAUCAUGUUACUGUACACUGUAGAAUUAUUGAAGAAACAGUCUAUUCGCAAAUUAUUUCGAGUACUAUUGCUCAUGGAAAACUCACUUGCCAAUGAUACUUUAAUGGGUUUUCUUUUUAUUUUUUUUCAUUGCUUCAAAUAAUAUUUGUUGCAUUAUAGAAGAAGUGAAUGCUGGACUAGUGAACAUACCCAAACUUCAGCCGUUGAUAUUUUAUCCUUAACAGUGUAUUAUUAAAAUUAGAUAUAUUUUAAUUUUUUUUAACAGAUUUAUGUAUGUUAACACGAAGCUCGAUUUCUAGAGGCAUUUCGCAUGUAAAUACCGAAGGAUAUUUAUGAGCAAUAGAAUUUGAAAUGAAAUAAUUCCAUGAUGCCAUAAAAAAAAGAACAAAAAAAAAAAAACUAAAAACUCGAGAAUAUCAUUGCAAUGAGGUAUUAGAAAAUUUCUACAUCUGUUUAUUUUCGUCAUCUAGAGUAGCUCCGUCCGAAAUGAAUAUUUCUAUGUGAAUAUUACAGGAUAAUUACUAAGCCUGCUGAUGAAUGAUUGCUAGAGCUUUCAAAUUCCAAAAUCAGACAAUUGAACUUGCAUUGCAAGGACGGUGCUUUCUAGAAAAUAAUAUUUGUUAAAUUAAAUGGGAAAUCUUCAUAUCAUCUUGGAAAUGAGUAACUUAUGUCAUUUCUAGUGAAUUAUUCAUUAACAAGUUGAUACACUUUUUAACUUAAUAAUUUCCUUCUGUUUUAUUUAUUUUAUUUUUUUUCACUUGACCAGUUGAAGUCCUGCAAUUGUAGCAGAGUGUUCUACACGGCCUGACCAAAAAUCUAUUUUUUUAAUACUUGUACACCGUUCAAUAUAUUCGAAUGAAUUUACUCGAUUCAAACUCCAGACUAACGAAUGAAUAAUAUUGCUUCAACGACAAAGAUUUUCAAGAGGAUAUAUUAACUUUUCAAUAUUUGUUAUUAUGAUUAUACUUGUAUUUUGAUAAGAACAAGAAAUAGACUUUAAAUAUAAAAAAAAUAUUGAAAUAACAAGUCUAAUAUAGGACUGUAUUAAUUAGAAAUAUAGAAAUCGAGGAUAACGUUCGCCCAGGCUAAAAUACAAUAUAUUUACCAAUAAGGGAAUUGGAAGACUGAAAAUUUUCACUGAACAGUUAAUUGACCUUGCAAUAAAGUGAAGUUGGUAAAUAACUAAAUUGAUUUUGAAUGACAAAUAUACUAAAUGAAUCUUGUAAUCCAAAAAAGAAUUGAUAUCGGGGUACAUGAGGAGAAUGACAGCACAGUAUUGAUUCGAAGUUUAUAAUUCAUCGUUUGGACCUUGGAAUUUAAGAUAUCAAAUUUUCAAAUCUAAUAGCUUCUGGAAAUUUGAACUGGAGUAACACGACAAGGGUUGUGAUCGAUGAAUACAAAGUAAGAAUUAAAUAUUAAGGAUGAAACGACUUCUUUUAUGUUCUUUGUUUCUGCUUCGAUUAAACAUUGAAUGGUAUUCACUAGUAAAUGAUGAUUGUAGUUGUUACAUGUAAAUCAAGAGGUAUAAUAAUAUAUUUGUGUGUAAAUAAAUAAAACAUAAAGACACAA